AUGUGGAAACCAGUAGCUGUCCCUUUUCAGAACUCCCAGCCUGCACCUACUCUACCUACAACAGAUGAAAUCCGUGCUCGCACCAAUGUUCUGUGGGAGACCAUGGCCUCCAAGAUUGUGGCGGUGAACGACGAUAUUGUUGCAAAAUAUGGAGGUUGUGUAAACGAGUGGGAAGGCCAGGCUUUGGUUUACCUUGAACGAUACGUCCCAGAAGUUCCGGCCCCUCGACUUUACGCGAUAUACUAUGAUUCUAAACAACUUUUCCUGAUUAUACAACGCGUUCUUGGGGUACCGCUAAAUUCUAUUUGGCUAUCUUUAGCGUAUUGUCAAGUGUCAUCGCCCGAAUUUUUCGGAGGCCUAGACGGGGGUGGUGUAUAUCACUACCUAUUCUAUAGCCAGUAUAGCGAUAAGAAAUUCCUAGGGCCUUUCUCCGGCGAACCUACCUUUGUUGCUGGCCUUGUCGGUAAUUAUAGAGCUUUGGUCGAACGUAAUAAUCUGCCAGACUAUAAGGCUGGCUUUUACGAAAAAUACCUCGCUCGCGUCCUUCAAGGUCACCGGCCCACAUUGACGCAUAGAGACGUCCAGCAGAAGAAUAUUAUGGUUGUAGAGAAUAUAAGUUACCUAGACGAUCAAGGCGGGCGAUCAUUUGACAUCGUACUGGUCGAUUGGGAGAAUUCCGGAGUAUGUCCUCAUGCUCUUCCUUCUGCUAUAUCCUUCAACGGUGGUAUUUCCAACUGGGUUUCGGUGGCCGCGCCCGCUACUCCUGCUGAGGUAUGGUGUAUGCGGUGUGUCAACCCCAUUGCGAACAUCCCAAAUGGCCUGUGUCAGAGCUCCGCGGCUAGUUUCAAGUGCCAGUACUGCCAUCUACUGCACCAGACUUGUAUCAUAGUGGAUCCUCGGUUGGAUAACGAGGCGAAUGCAGUCAUUCCCCUUGCGACUCUUGCUGCUCGUCGUGCCGCCCUGACAGCGUUCAAGACCAGCAUUAAUACGCUGUCAAAACAGCACGACGAGCAGCAGGAGCCACAGCUGGAAUGA